UGGCUCGGCCCCACUGCACCUCUGACCUCCCCUGUCAGCUCGGGAGUCAUCAACCCGGUUUCUGUCUGAGGUGCCCGACUCACGGGUCAAGAACUCCCAGAGACCCGCCAGGUCUGCUCCACAGCAGGCCAGGCUCCGCUCCGGACUCGCGUGGCGCUCCCUGCGGCUUCUGGCUCCGAGCUCCAGCCCUGACAUGGCGGUGACGCUGAGCCUGGAGCCCGCGGGCCGCAGCUGCUGGGACGAGCCGCUGAGCAUCGCCGUGCACGGCCUGGCCCCCGAGCAGCCCGUCACGCUGCACGCCGCCCUGCGAGACGAGAAAGGCGCGCUCUUCCGCGCCCACGCGCGCUACCGCGCCGACGCCCGCGGCGACCUGGACCUGGCGCGCGCGCCCGCGCUGGGCGGCAGCUUCUCCGGGAUCGAGCCCAUGGGGCUGCUCUGGGCCAUGGAGCCCGAACGGCCCUUCUGGCGCCUGAUCAAGCGCGACGUGCAGACGCCCUUCGUGGUGGAGCUGAAGGUGCUGGACGGCCACGAUUCCGACGGCGGGCGGCUGCUGGCGCGGGCGGUGCACGAGCGUCACUUCAUGGCCCCCGGGGUGCGGCGCGUGCCCGUGCGCGAGGGCCGCGUGCGCGCCACGCUCUUCCUGCCUCCAGGUUUGAACGUGUGCAUGUGCUGGGGCGAUUACAUUCGUGCUUCGUUGAUUGUUCUUCUGGACGAAGACACAACUUCAGGCUUGGUCACGAAGGCAAAAGCAACAACAAUCAAAGAAGCCCUGGCCAGAUGGGAAGAAAAGACUGGUCAGAGGCCGUCUGAGGCCAGAGAGAUAAAGCUGUAUGCCCAGAUCCCCCCAAUAGAGAAGAUGGAUGCGUCCUUAUCCACACUUGCUAACUGCGAGAAGCUUUCCCUGUCUACAAACUGCAUUGAAAAAAUUGCCAACCUGAACGGCUUAAAAAACUUGAGGAUUUUGUCCUUAGGAAGAAACAACAUAAAGAACCUCAAUGGACUGGAAGCAGUAGGAGACACCUUAGAAGAACUGUGGAUCUCCUACAAUUUUAUAGAGAAGUUGAAAGGGAUCCAUGUAAUGAAGAAACUGAAGAUUCUCUACAUGUCUAAUAACCUGGUAAAAGACUGGGCUGAAUUUGUGAAGCUGGCAGAGCUGCCAUGCCUGGAAGACCUGGUGUUCGUAGGCAACCCCCUGGAGGAGAAGCAUUCUGCUGAGGGCAACUGGAUCGACGAGGCAACCAAGAGAGUGUCUAGGCUGAAGAAGCUGGAUGGUACUCCAGUAAUUAAGGAAGAUGAGGAAGAUGAAAGCUAAGGCCAUACUUUAGACUUUAUGUUAAUUUAUUUAAAUGUUAUGAGAACAAUAGAUGUUUUGUAUAAUUGUCUAUUUUAAAGAUUUUGUGAGGGUACAGUUCUUAAGAUAAAACACAUCUCUCACUUCCAUAUCCUUUAAAAACCCUAUUCAGAGUUUCUCCCUCAAACCAGCAGCAUUGACUGUGUCCAGUCCACCUUUGGAAACUACCAAUUUCCUGGUUCUGUCCAGCUAUGGACCAUAUCACCUGUCUCCUAAAAUUUACACACCAGUCAUUUCUAACAGCAGAGGGACUGUUUCUGUACUCAGUUGCUUAGCAUUUUUUUAGGCCAGGCAUUUUAAAGGUGUAUUUCAAGUCUGUAAAGGUUCACGUCCUUAUAAGCACAGAAGCGCAAAUGCACCUCCCCACUGGCUCAGAAGGCAGCGUGGUGACGGAAGCAUUCCUGUUAGAACACAGCUGUCCCUGCAACCAAGAGUCUGAUGGAAACGCUGGUGAAAAAACAAGAGUGACUGGCCUGUGUCUUCUCAGCUCCUGCUAUAGUUACUUCCUUACUGUCAACUGGAAUUUAGGCUGUGCUACAUGGUGGUCACUUGAGUCAUUAUGUACAACCCUAUGAUCCCCAUCAGUGUCUAACGCAACUGGCACAAUCAGUCCUUUGAUAGUAAUGUUAACUCUUGUAGACCUUGCCUUAUGCAGAUUUUAAAAAAGAAUUUCUCAUAUGUUUAAAGCAGUAGUCAAUAGUUCUAAGUAUCUACCCCUGAGAUUUAUAAAAACUUUCCCCUAAUGAUUUAGCCCAAUGCCCUUUGCUUUAUGUCUAUAAGGGUACAGACUUAAAGACUGAAUUUGGUACCUCUAAAUAAAUGAAAUAGUUUUUCUAAAUAUAUUUUUGAGAGGAUCUAAGAUAAACAGUUCUUAAAGUGUAUCAUGUAAGUAGUGUCGAGGGAAGAGAGAGAUGUUGUGAGGUGGAUCCCAGGCAAAUGGCAAUGCGUUGGAGACUGUCUCUGGUGGAACGCUGUAGGUGUCUUAGCCUCGAGUCGGCAAAGCAAUAGUUAGGUGUGGAGAUUAUGGUUUAUCAUGUGAGAAAAAUAUUCUGAAAAAUGUCAGCCACCAGAUGGAGUCUUUAGUGGGCUGUAUGGAAGCAUCAACUGCAGAAAAGAAGUCAGGACCCCGCCAAGUUGUGUCUAAAGUCUCAGCAGAGGCUACGCUUCCCGUUCCCGCCUCCCUGUGACUCCUUCAUAAGCAACCGUGGAGAAAGAGGAAAGUCGUUCUUUUUAAAGAUUGCAUAAGUAGUCUUGAUUUGAGCAAUUGAUCAUUUCAGUAAGAAUGACUUUAUUCCUCUAAGAGUCACACUGAUCCAAAGGGACCACUGCUUUGACAAUCAGUCUAAAUGCAAACAAGAGUGCCUCACCUUGGGCUGCAGAUGGCUCAGAGGCGGAGAGCACCAGUGUGGAGGGUCACACCGCCUGCAGCCCCAGGGUUCUGUGCCCUUUUGGGCCUCUGGGGGAUCGGGCACACACAUUACACAGACACAUGGAGGCUAAACACUCAUACACAGGAAAUAAUGUAUUUUUAAAAAGAAUACCUAGUCUAAUACCUUAUAUGCUUUUUUUAAGCUUUUCUGAUGGGAAGAAACUUUAUCCUGCCACCGAGCUUAAACAUUCAAAACCAUUGGCAUUUCUAUUGUGACACACAGGGGUGAGACUUCAUUCUCCCUGGUGAUGCAGAAGUCUUAGAAGCUGAGAGGGACACUGUUGUUACUUGUAGUUUGCACAAGGCAAGCCCUGUUGUUAUGUACGGCCAUACUUUCUGAAAGGUACCCUGGGAGUGAGUAUGGGGAGUGGAUGACUUCAUGCUGGAUCUGUGAAAUGACUUACAGUAAACGUGGUUUUGGUUUUUUCCCCGAAUUAUGUAAUUGGGAACCCCCCCAUUUCUUAAUGUCAUUUAAUCAGUGGAUCUCAGAGAUGUGUAAGGUGCUUUUCUGUGUCCAUUUCUCACAAAAAUCACUUUUGGCUCUUCUCCAUAAAUAUUGGAAUGAUUUUGAUACAUCUGUUUCUGGAAUUAAAGCCAAAUGCACUCAUUUAAGAAAUGGAACGGAAGGCUGGAUAUACGAAAAAGUUCAGGAUAUUGUCUCAGAUUAUUCCUUAAGUCAUCUGUUACUGUGAAAAAUGUAGUUCAUAUAGGGUGCAUUUGGCUUAUGUUGUUCAGAUUGGAGAUUGGACCACCUUGGAAUAGAUGCUUCCUGUGUUCACCUGAACUUCUGCUGUUUUGUUAGUGGUAGAGUGCUGGAAUCAGCCCAGUAUUUUCAUUUUUCACAGUCAAUACGAUGUUAGUAGACCAGAAUUCUACUUUCUGUGUUUUCUAAUGCUGAGCUAAUGGCAUAUUCUCUAGCCAGCCCUUGGAAGGCUUUUGUUCUCUCUGCUACCUGCACCAGAGAGCCUCAGUAUCGGCACUGUUUACAUUGGAUUGCAUAGCCCACUGUUGUGGGCUGUGUAUUGUAGGCUGUUUAGCCACAACCCUGUCUCCUACUCCCUAGAUGCCUCCUCUCUAGUUAUGAUAGCAGAAGAUGGCUCCAAACAUUGCCCACUGUCCCCUGGAGUGGGGGAGGGGAUGACAAGGACACAACCCCGUUUCUUGUUCUAAUAUUCCUCUGUCUAAGCCUUGUUCAUUGUAACCCUGUAGUCCAGCACUGCUACAAUUAUUGUGAGAAAGUGACAUCGUUUACCACCAUGACUGGAGAUGAUCAGUAGUCUGCCCUCAAUUUCAGUGGGCCACACAGUCUUAGAAACUCAGGCCUGGAUGCUCCACCUUCUCUCCGAAGGGUUUCAAGUUCAGUUACGUGUCCUCUUCUGUGUUCCCUGCUCAUCUUAGGACAGUGAUUGAUGGUUUAGGCUAUCUCACGGUCAACAAAAUCCAACUAUAUGAUAGAUUUUACUCUGUUUCCAAAGCUUAAUGUUUGGAAUAUACUUUAGAAAAUGUAUCACCAUGCACACAUUCUUUUGCAGACUGUGUCAGUCUUUUAUCUACACAGUGCUGCGUUCAGUUGCUCACGCAUGGACAUUAGCUGCUGCAGACGUCCAGUGCCACUGAGUACAAGGAUGCUGUGCAACAGGUCAGUGACUUAGCAGCUUCCUGCAGGUGCCCUACAUGUGGCUCUGGGGUGGAAAUCUUUUAUUGAAUAGGUGUUCCUUCUGAUACCUUUACCAGUGGUCUGAAAGCAAAAUAAGGAACAAUGAGAACUAAAUCUGUCAUUGGCUCAGAAUUGGGAUCUCUUACCUGGGCUUUUCUUAAUGUUAAAAUGAAAAGGCAGAUGGCCUCCCAGAAAGUUUGGAUUUAAUCAUUCACUUUGAAAAUGGGGGGUGGGUGAGUGUUCUGAGUUGUUGUCUCUGCCUGAGGUUGUAGUUCAUAGCUCCCUGAGGCUGUGAGCGGUAAAGCCGAGGUAAAGGGAGAAAACCGAUUGCAAGCUGUUUUGCCACAGUCAGCCUGGGAGCUCACGCUCUAUGUGGGCUGGCAGAGUCGAGAGUGAUGAAGCCUGGCAGUGCAGCAGGGUGGAGCUGUUUCCUUAUCCUUACCCAGUGCGACACACUCACCCACCCCAGCAAAGUACACGUGCUGAAAUUUAAAGCUUAGGGUUACGUUAGAGUCGCUCAACUUUCAGAAGUCCAUGGUUAUGUAUCUAUCCCUGCCUUUAUUCAUCAUUAGUUGUAAGAAAGGAAACUGAAAGGAAAAAGCUAGACUUCUAACCUAAUAUAAACUGGUUCACUUGACACGUGGAGAAAUUAUAAUCAGAUUCUCAUUAAUUUCCCAUAUUGGGCAGAUUACAGAGACAACAAAAUUAUGAUCUAACAAAUUUAGCAAGGAGGUAGAAAGAAUAAACUAUUUUUUUAGUAGAUUUGCACUUUAAAAUUGUGAGUGUGGCUGAUGGUGGAAACUACUUCCAAAGGAGAGGUGUGUGCUACCUAGCCUGCAUACAGGUGUUCCAGGCUCAGACUUAAGGCCUUGCCUACUCAGCUGAAAUUGCUGUCUGUCUUUAUGGUCAGUUAAGGCUUCCUGCCUUUCCUGUUUGGGCUGCUGUGUCCAGGGUCAUCCCUCUGGGAGGGUGUAAAAUAGCAUUCCUAUUCAGAAUAGAAACUGUGGGUAUUUUCUGUCCAUAUCUAGAUUUUUUUUCAUUUGUUGUUGUUGUUUUGUUUGUUUGUUUUGGUUUUUUUCUUG